GCUGACACCCAGAUGCAGCACCCGGGCAGGGUCUCCUUCAAGUUCAUCGAUAAGAUGCAGUUGAACGACUCCGUCUGCUACGUGAAAGCCGCUUUUCCUCUGCUGGGCAAGAUCCUGGAGAGAACGGAGUUCAAGGAGAACUCGUCCAACGCCAAGAAGAUGCAGAUGGUGCGCAGGAUGUACAGCCGCAUCGACGAGAACGUCGACCCCUGCAUCAGGGAGGAGGAUGAUGAGGAGAGACAGCUCUCACAGAUGUGCUUCGAGGAGUUCACCACCUCCCCCUACGAGAUGCUGGUGCUGGUGAAGGAAUUCUUCCAGGACAUCAACCAGCUCCUCCAGAACCAGGAGACCUUCGAGAAGGACUGCAGCCAGGUCUACCGCAGGACCUGCUCGGGACCCAGGGAGACCGGAUCCUCACCAGGUGUGGGGACAGAUCCUGACUGCAAUUGCCUGUCCCCUGCCCUCCCUUCUGCCACCCAGCCCUCCCUCUCCGCUGCCACCCAUGCCAGCAAGGAGGUGGCACCCGCUAGCACCCGGGUCCCUUACAGCCACCUCCAUGCCACCCUCGCUGACUUAGAUGCCCCGUCUUGGCCCCCCAGUAGCACGGAUGGUGGCUCGGGGACCGAGGAGGUCCUGGGUGCCGGGGUAGGUGACGCGGCGUCAGCGCGGUCCCCUGCGAUGCAGCAGACAGCUCCAGCCGACAGCGCCGAAGCCCUCCUGGGCCCCAGCUUUGACUCUGGCUUUGUUCUGAGCGCAGAGCAGCGCAGGAAGGAGCCGGCCAUCAGGGAGGGCCGCCGGGAGCCCCUGAUAUACAUCACGGUGGCCAGCGUGGUGGCCGUCUUGCUGGCCGUGGGAGGGCUGCUCUUCUACAAGUAUAAAUCCAGGAUCCUGGAGCGGCCGCUGGAAGAUGGAGGCUGCGACCCCCAGGAAGAGAGGAGGGCGCUGCGGGGAGCGAGGGGAUGUCCGGAGCUGGAGACUCAGGACCUCUAA